UUAAGCAUAAUAUUCUUUAAUCUCCCUUGGAAUCACCAUACACCAUCAUAUUAAAGAAAUCUAUUCAACUUCAUGUGUAGAGUGAACCUACAUACAAAUUUUAAACAAGUAUUAGUACCAAGGUAUUUGUCAUUAUCAAAAUAGAAUAUAACCAAUUAUUUCAACAGUCUCCCUCACGGCUCUCACUCUCAAAUAAUUUUUUUUUUUUCACAUUUUAUGUUUUUUUUUUUUUAAGAUUUGAUAAAAAAAAAUAAGGAAUGCUUCUUUAGAAAAAACUAAAAUAUAUAAAUUAUUUUUAAAACGGAUCACCCAUUUACAAUCUUUUCAUUAAAUAAGCCCCGUUCGAUUUAUACGUUAGCCACCCAUUAUCAAAGUCCAUUUAACCCCUGCCCGUUUAUAAGUCGGCCGACCCCGUUAACCCGUUUUACCACACCUACGUGCAGCCAUCUCACCUCGGCGAAGGACGCUCCCUGUUUCGAGUUUUCACUCUCUACACAGAAGAGGACACAAUAGCACCCCAAGAGCUCAAAAUCGACCGCAGCUAGGGUUUGUUCCCGUACCUCUGGUGCUGAAUAAUGGACAAAUUGAAGCUGGCUUCAUUGGGCGAGCGCUUGAAGAAUCAGGGCGCUCAAAUGGGUCGAAUGAUGAGCACGAAGAUGAAGGAUCUGCUGCAAACCCCGACGCCUGAAUCGAAGAUGGUAGACGAGGCGACGUCGGAGGCCUUGCGGGAGCCCAACUGGGGGAUGAACAUGCGGAUUUGCGCCAUGAUUAACGGUGAGGAGUUCAGCGGCGCCGAGGUCCUUCGCGCACUCAAGAAGAAGAUGUCCGGUAAGAACGCGGCCGUGCAGCGCCUCAGCCUGGAGCUGCUGGAGGCCUGUGCCAUGAACUGCGAGAAGGUUUUCUCGGAGGUGGCUUCGGAGAAGGUUUUGGAGGAGAUGGUGAAGAUGAUUGACAAUCCACAGGCUGAUAGCGGGAAUAGGAGAAGGGCUUGGGAGUUGAUCAGGGCUUGGGGUGAGUCCGAGGACCUCGCGUAUUUGCCCGUGUUUCGCCAAACUUAUAUGAUGCUGAAGGAAAGAGGUUCACCUGUACCAGUAGAGGAUGGGAAUUCACCUGUCAUGCAACAUUCCUUGGAGUCCUUUGUUCAUCAACAGCCAAUGUCUUCUCAUAUCCCAAUUCCUGGCAGGGAUUCACAUGGUGAAGAUCAUUUGAAUUUUCCCUAUAAUUAUGCCAUCCCAUCUGUUGAAGAAAAGAAAGAGUUUCUUGUAAUAACUAGGAACAGCCUUGAACUGCUAUCAAGCAUGCUGAACUCCGGAACAGAAGAAGAGAAACUAAUGAAGGAUGAUCUGACAGUGAGCAUGUUAGAGAAGUGCAAACAGUCUCUUCCUGUCAUCCAGAGGAUCAUAGAGAGCAUGGGUGAUGAUGAGGGAUUAUUAUUUGAGGCUCUAAAUCUUCAUGAUGAGCUUCAGCAAGUAAUUUCCAGAUGUGAGGAAUUGCAAACUUCUGCAAAAGUUGAAGAAAAGACAUGUGAAACCUCUAGUAGUCCCUUUGCCAAUUCACCAGUGCAAGUUGGGGCUCCUAGUGAAGCCAGAGUAGCUGAAUUGCCGAAAGGGCGCAGUACUGAAUCCAGCAGUGAUGAUAGAAAUGUUAUUUGAAGGAAGCUGGUCUGGGUUUAAUAACACUUUGUAUCGUUGUAUGUAGGUUCUGUUAAUGUCCGCCGAGCAUACUUCAUCCUGUUAGCCCCUUACUUAUAGAUACCUUUAUGUAGUUAUUGUAAUUAUGUUGAGACUUGAGAGUUUACUUUAAUUAUGUUAUUUUAUUUAAGUUUCUGUGAAAAUACUAGUCACAUUGGCUUGGUUUGAGUCUUCUCAUGCCUCUUGCCUGUGGUCUUUGCUUAUUACUUUGAUUUCAUGGUGUUACAAAGAUUCAUUUCUGCUCCAUUUGAUUGGGAGGAAUGAUUUUUUGAAAAA